AUGCAUCGGCCGUUUGACCGUCCACUCGGCACAAGGCUGCCACAUGCGUGCCUCCACCAUUACAUAGAACACAGGUACGUACAUCCGUACCUAAAAAGUGUAUCCUGAACCACAAUGUUCCCGUCCUGCCGAUUCACCUCAAUCCUAACGCGCGCUGUGCUCAGAGCAAGCCGUCUACUCGCUUCCGAUACUUAGGUAUCUUGCACCUGCGCAUUUACGACUGCCGUCCUCAGCAGCACGCGACUGGUGGCCCUCCCAUCGCGAUGGUGCGGCGCGGCGACAGGAUGCUUUGAACCUUAUCUAGUGUAACCCCGACCAAGCCCCGACCAGCCCCGACGGGCAGUAUCCCCACGCGUUAGCAUCGACGGCCCGAGAGGUGCACCCACGGUCCUGUGUUGAGGGAGGCACGUCGAAUGUCCCUCACAACCUACAACACUCGGUUGCGGCGGGAUCGGCGCCGGACGAUAGAUAGCCAUGGCAAACCCCUCCGAUUCCUCCCCGCUUGUAAGCUCGCCUGACAAGGGCAACCGCAUGCCGUUUUCCAAGCACACAACCGAAUCACUCUCUACGAUCAUCUCCCCGUUGGCGCUACCUCGCGGCGUCUCUGGGUGCUUUGAUCAAGUCGCCGCCAACGGGAGCGCCCAGACACAACUUGCUUGCGGCAUCCAUGCCUCCUCCAGUGCCCCGGCUCCUCACCAUCGGCGAGGUGGCCAGGUCUAUUCACCUCUGUCCCCCGGUAUCAGAGGCCCAGCCGUCCGCGCUGCCUCGUUGCUCUCUCCUCGCCUCCACCCGAUGGCGAAACAAGAGACAUCCCAUCUUGAACCCCGCCGGUCGAGCUACCGCUCGCCAGAAACCCGAAAUGGCAUGAGCUCGAGUAGACAAGUACAAAACGCAACGACUGCAACGACGCGUGACCCGGCAGUCGGCGACAGCGCUGUCAACGGAUCGAACCCCGUAGCGAACGAGUCUGGCCAGUCCAUGCCGCUCUUGAGCCCAACUUGGGCCGGCCAGCUGCAACGCCCCCCGGAUGAUUCGCUGGCAGCUCCUUUGCUAGACACAGUUUCGCAUACCCAGACAAUCCAGCGGCUCCUUAAGCAAAAUGCACGGAUCCGGGACGCAUGGGAGGCUGAGCGCAAGCAUUUGGAGGCGAACAGGGAACGAGCCGAGGAGGUGUACAAGGAGGAACGCGCGAUCAUGGAAGAAGAGCGGACCGAGUGGGAGGCCGAGAGAGCGCUGUUACUGGCGGAAAUCGAGCGCCUUCAUCAGCUAGUAGCUGCCUUGGGUGGAGGAACCGCUCCGGCCAAGACGCCCUUCUGUGAAGGGUGCGGUAUGAGAGGGGGCACCGAAGCUUUGUCUCGGGAGAGCACGGACGGCUCGGGGUCCGCGCAAGGAAGUGCCAGGUCGCCAACCCAACCGGGGGAAUCUGCCACAGCGGAUGUUGGCCGUGUUUCAUCCGAGGCGGCCCCGGGAACUUUGAAACCCGCUUUUCUGGUGUCACCCAAUGGGCCCAGCCACCCAGCGUCCGAUUUCCUCAAGCCGACCGACACUGAGGCUGGGCCUGUCCCGGUUGUCGAUGUUCAGGAUAUCCACCCCGAACUGGAAGGCAUCCGGAUCAAGGCUUCCAGCGUCAGGAAGGCCACCUUCACUGAUUCGGCCUCGUCGAACGGAUCGAAAACGGCUGGUCUGGCCGGCUCCCCACCCUCAGCCUCCACAGUGCAACGGGGACGGAAGGAGCAGACCCUGCAAGUCUUGGCUGCUGCCGAGGCAGAUCGCCUGACCAUGCACGCUGGCCACACGCCGAGUCACUCCCUCUCGGAUCUGGCGUCGGUUCCUUCUUCAGGAACGGGUACUCAGACGAGCAGCAACGGUACCGCCACUCCAACCAUGCCACACGAAGUCGGGACAACAGACCCAGCUCCGGCGAAGGCCUCUAAGGAACAGCCCGCUUCGCAGGCAGCCAACGACCCGCAUCCUCUCCUUAGGCCUUCCGAUGCCCACGGCCAGCCGACUGACGACCACCCCGAGCCCAUGUUCGAGCCUACCCACGACCCCCAGUUGACUGGCCCGCUAAUGGUCAGGAACAUGCCGGCGCAUGACGAAAUCUUCUUCCAGGCGCUCACGGACAAGCUGGAAGAGGUCUCCAAGGACGACAAGGCGGCUCUACCCGCUGUCCUGAAAGACCUCGAUUCCGCCCAGGACGCCGGCGAACCAGGUGAGCAAACCAAGCCACCAGCAACCGAAGCCCCCGCGGAUGACUCUCGCUCCGAGAGCAGUAGUCGCAGCCCCGGGAGCAGCAUUGGGGACGACGAGCUGGAUAUUCCGCUGAAAUUCAAGAAAUCCACGAACUUUGGCGCUCCCUUCGGUGAGCUUCGGGCGUCUGGCAUUCGGGGCACAAGGCCGAGUGUUGUGCAGGAUUCACAAGCUCCCGGGCGUUUGCCUGGUCGCUCCUGAACAUAUCCCCGGCUGGGACCGGAUUACUCGCUUCUGUCUGAACGGCGUCUUCUUUCUUUUGUUGCCUCUUUCGAUUUAUUUUUCUUUCUCUUCCCUUCCCACCAAUCACUUCCAACCAAUGGCACCAAUG